AUGGAUUAUGAAGCGUUGCGAUAUGGCGUGUUGCAAGCCCGGGCGUCGAUCCAAGGCGCCUCCGAAAUAAUCCCGUGUUGCAACUACGGGACUGCGGAACGUUCGUCACUCCAGGCCGCGUUACGCAAAUACGUACUAGUGUUAAUUCCGGUGAGCGGUCGACUUUCUAGCUCGGGGUCGGUGUACGAGGCGGCUGUCGCAACAAUUUCUCCGGCCGAGGCGUGCGAACGAAGAAAGCGCGACCUCAGCGUUUUGCAAUCGGCGUUGCGUCGAGCGGUGAAAGAGCGUUACCGUAGAAAGCGCUCUUGA